AUGUCAGGAGAUAUGGAAGUCAAUAACUGGGGCUCCUCACAUAUCAAGGUUCAGAAAUUCUGGUAUGAGUGGACCAUUAGCAACUUUUCAUGUUGCAUGAGGGGAAUUCGGAGAAAAAUUCAAAGUCCAGUGUUCUCAUUAGGGGCCAAUGAUGAAGUGGCCUGGUGUUUGAGAGUAUACCCAAAUGGGGUUGAUGAAGAAAGCAAAGAUUACCUGUCAGUUUACCUGGUGUUGCUCAGCUGUCCAGAGAGCAUAGUUUGGGCAAAGUUCGAGUUCUGGAUCAUAAAUUCCCACGGAAAGAAAUAUAAAAGUAUGAAGAGCAUGAAUGUCAUUAGCUUUCUGUCAAACCAAGAGUGGGGAUUCAGAAAGUUCAUCCCUCAAGAUUUCCUCCUCUCCAAUAAGCAGUGGUUUCUUCUUGAAGACCAGCUCAUGCUCUGUUGCAAGGUGAGCAUAGUAGGAGCUGCCUUUAGCAUGCCUGGACAGACCAAGGCACCUGCAGUCAAGGAUCUUAGGCACAUAUUGACAGAUGACCUAGGAGAGCUAUGGGAGAAUUCCCUGUUCACAGACUGCUCCCUGUUGGUAGGUGGCCAUGAAUUCAGGGCUCACAAGGCCAUCCUAGCAGCUCGCUCUCCAGUUUUCAGAGCCAUGUUUCAACAUGAAAUGAAGGAGAGCCUAACAAACCGCAUUGAGAUCCAUGAUCUGGAUUACCAAGUCUUCAAGGAGAUGAUGGGCUUCAUUUACAUGGGGAAGGCACUACAACUUCACAACCACUCCAUGGCUACUGGUAUGUUGUCAGCUGCUGAUAAGUAUGACCUUGAGGGCUUGAAUGUCUUGUGUGAGGAGGCCCUCUGCAGAAACCUCUCUGUGGAGAAUGCUGCACACACUCUCAUCCUGGCUGACCUCCACAGCAUAGAGCAGCUGAAGACUCAGGUCCUGGAUUUUAUUACAGUUCAUGCUUCUAAGGUCUGUGAGACCUCAGGGUGGAAGUCGAUGUUGGAGUCACAUCCCUACUUAGUGACUGAAGCAUUCCACUCCCUGGCUUCUGCACUGAGUGUGUCCUUUGACCCCUCACUCAAAUUCCGAAAGAUGUUGGAGAUUUUGAGGAACUAG